AUGCUCGGCCUCCUCAACAACCUCAACAUGGAGUUCCAGAUGCGUGAGGUCGACAUGACCUCGGUACAGUCGCUGCUGCGACGGACUGUAAUCAACAUUCGAGGGCGAUACAUUGAGUGUGGAGAUGACUUUGGUGGCGGCCAGUAUCAGCUCCUCUCGGUCUUCCUUGCCAAGCUCAAGAAGAGCCACAAUGUCAUCGUGGAGGGCAUGGACGGGGAGGGGCGGCCGCAGCAACACAGCUACGAGCUGCACGAGGAGGCAGUGUAUGGCAGCAAGACCCCGAGCGACUUGCAGUCGUGUCUCGAGGUCUGCCGUGCACACGCCAAGGCUACGAUCAAGCAUCUCCAGAAGAGGCUCAAGGAUCUGGACAACUUGAACGGUGUCAGGCUAAUCAUGCCAGACACCUACCCACCAGGCAGAGAGGCACGCGACGAGGAGUGCCGUGACAACUUCGAGAUCCUCGUCGACUUAUUCCAUGCCCGCAAUCGAGCGGAGAUUCUCCCUGGUAAGUAA